AUGAUGGUAACCCACGACCAGACCGAGGCGCUGGUGAUGUCCGACCGCAUCGUGGUGAUGGAUGCCGGCCGCAUCGUGCAGGCGGGAUCGCCGACCGACCUCUACGACCGGCCUGAGACGCCCUAUGUCGCCAACUUUCUGGGCACCUCCAACAUGGUCGCAGGCGUCGUGACCGGGAUGGCAGACGGCACCCUGCAGGUGGCGCUCGGCGACGGGCGCGCGCUUCCGGCCGGUUUCAACAGCCUCUCCGGCCAGCUUCGCGAUGUCUUCUUCCACGGCGAUUCGGUCAGGCUCGCCAUCGAUAUCGGUGCCGAGCGCCUGCUCAUCGUGCACCGCCAGCUCGAGACCGGGCUGCAUCAGAUGCCGCUGCCGCCGGUGGGCGGCACGGUCUCUCUCGGCUUCGACCCGGCGAGCGUGAUCCUCUUCAUCGGCCCCGGCGACGCGUCGGCGGAUCCCCCUGCAUGA